AAUGUAGUUAUUUUCUUAUUCGACCAGAAAUGUUUUUAUCAUUUACUGCAUACACACAAAGCGAAAUUAUUUUGGGCAUGUACAGUGAAAGCAAGCAAGCUAAAUAAACAACAAGGAAAUAUUCAAUUCUACUUUUUGCUAGCUAGCUAACUGCCGCUAGCUCAAACAUGUUGACAUAUUUUGCUAAAUAGCAGGUCUAUCAUAGAUUAUGUUGUCAAAUUAUGUUAUGUUGUCUAGUUCGCUAUGUAGGCUAGCAAUCCAUAAUAAUGCCUUCGUUCCAACCGAGUUGUUGCUGCAACGUUCGCUGAUUCACAUAACUUGAUUAAGACGAACUGUUGAUGAUUAAGGUAUGGAGAAAGAACAGCGCAACAUCGUAGCUAUCAACGCCUCCAAGAAGGAGCUGUUCACGGCCAAUAAUGGCUAUAAAUCGUUUCAGAAGAGACUAAGGGCGCAGUGGAAGAUUCAGAGCGUUAAAGAUGAGCUUUCCGUGGAGAAGCUUAAUGGUGUAAAACUGUGGAUCACCGCUGGGCCCAGAGAAAAAUUCACGGCUGCUGAGCUGGAAGUGUUGAAGCAGUACCUUGAUGGAGGAGGAGCUAUCCUGGUGAUGCUCGGUGAGGGAGGGGAGAUGAAGUACGACACCAACAUCAACUUCCUUCUUGAGGAGUUUGGCAUCAUGGUUAACAGUGAUGCUGUGGUGAGGAAUGUUUACUACAAAUAUUUCCAUCCAAAAGAAGCAUUAGUUUCCAAUGGUGUGUUAAACAGAGAGAUCAGCCGUGCUGCGGGCAAAGUGGUAACGGGAGUCAUUGAUGAUGAAAGUGCUGGGAACAAUGCACAGGCUUUGACCUUUGUGUACCCGUAUGGAGCAACCCUGAGCGUGAUCAAGCCUGCAGUGGCUGUACUGUCCACCGGCUCUGUGUGUUUCCCUCUCAACCGACCCGUCCUUGCCUUCUAUCAGGUCAAGGAGGGGGGGCGCCUGGCAGUGCUGGGUUCUUGCCACAUGUUCAGUGACCAGUAUCUGGACAAAGAAGAGAACAGCAAAAUAAUGGAUGUCGUCUUUCAGUGGCUUACGACGGAUAAUAUUCACCUGAACCAAAUAGAUGCAGAGGACCCUGAGAUCACAGACUACACCAUGCUACCAGAUACGGGUUGCCUCUCUGACCGGCUCCGAGUGUGUUUGCAGGAGAGGGAUGAGAACCCGCGAGACUUUACCUCUCUUUUUGAUACGUCGCUGCUCAAGCUGUCCACCGACUCAUUGCCUCAAGUCAUCAGCUCUUACAAGCAGCUGAAUGUCAAGCAUGAGCCACUGCAGCUGAUCCAGCCUCAGUUUGAGACACCACUACCUACAUUGCAGCCUGCAGUCUUUCAACCUGCCUUCAGGGACCUGCCCCCUCCCACACUUGACCUUUUCGACCUUGAUGAGACCUUCUCUUCUGAGAAAGUGAGGCUGGCACAGCUUUCCAACAAAUGCACUGACGAUGAUUUGGAGUUUUAUGUGAGGAAGUGCGGGGACAUCUUGGGCGUAACUGGGAAACUAGACAAGGAGCAGAGAAAUGCCAAACACAUCCUGGAGCACAUCUUCUUCCAGGUUGUGGAGUUCAAGAAACUCAAUCAGGAGCAUGACAUUGAUACAACAGAAGCUGGACUGUCUCCAUUCUAAAUAAAGCAAAGCAUUUCUUACCUUUCCAAUUGUAUAAAUGCGUUGACAAGGUUUGUACAUGGCAAAUCUAUUUGUGUGUAUAUAAACCAUGAGUACAUUGCACAUAUCAAAAUGUGCAAGAUUGCUCUUCAAUCUUGUUAGAAAUUGCUUGACAGUUUUUAUAUAUUGUAACCCCCUUUGCAUUGGAAACCAUUAAUAUCACUUGCUUUUUUAUGACACUUGAUAAGUGUUGUGAAUUUGUAAAUACUCUGAGUGAAAGGAGAAAUUUGUAUCCUUUUAAAGUCUCUUUACAAGUGAAUGUUUUGUCAUCAUGUUUAUGUUGAGUGUUUAUAAAGCAAAUUAAAAGUUGAAAUGUUCUGCACAAACACUUAUGAAUUGGUAGCUUUCAUCAGUAUAAAUUUUAUUUAAUAUCACCUACAAAACCCUUUCUCCAAUAGUGAGAUUUUCAUGCAAUGUGUACCCACUCCCAUGUUGUGCCACCUCCUGCAAAGUUAUUUUAGGGAACAUGUCUCAGGGAAAGGCUGAUAAACAGAUUAAACUUUGCUGUCAGACAUGGAACAAAGACAUUUCAGCUUAAGCAGGUACACUUGUCCAGCAUACACUUUACAGAUUGCUUUAGUCAGCUGGACAUUGAUAGAAUCAAUUAUGCUCAAGCAGCUUGCUCAAAGUGCAACAGCAGUACAUUACUCCAGAUUCAAAUCUGCACAGGUUACAGGUCAAACUGAACUGCCACUUACAGGAAAGCACAUUUUCAUGUUGUAGAAUACAAUUGACUGAUCACAACUGGCCCAAAUCAAUGAAGUAUACCAGUUACGUAACCAAUGGAAAUUUAUAUAUAUAUAUUUUUUUAAAAGGGAUCUUUUGUCAAGACCAAAAGGGUACAUUAUAUCCAAUGUCCUUGUGAAAUAUUAUCAAAUUCAAGGUCCAAGACACUCAAAAUGGAUAUGAAAAGUAUCAAAAUAAUUUGACAUGGUCAUAAACCUAUAUAUGAUCUUUGGAUGGGUUUACCCCUGCAUUUGAGGUGGUGUAUACUGCUGAACUCACCAGUGCAGGGCAUCAGCACUGUGGUCCUGUGUUAGCUGCCCAGGCUCAGGUCUUUGUUCUCAGCGUGAGGAGAGAGGAUGGAUGUGUGGUUUUGCCAGUGGUCAGAGGUAUUGAUCGAGGAUGUCUGGCUUAACGCCAGGAGAGGGGGCUCCCUCCAGGGCCUGUGAGAUUCAGUGCAUAUGCUGGCCUGCAGGGCAGUGCCAGACCGGAUCAGGGAGGAAACCUCACCCAGGGAAAGGAACUCAGACU